CUAUCCUCUGUGAAUUCCCCAACAGACCCAACAGAGGAUUAAAUGAGCUGCGUCCCAGGACGAUGGAUUGGAGUCAGUCGACACAAGCACAGCGUGAUGCUUUCAUCUGGUUCACAGAGUCCCAGCUCCGGCUCGUGAUCAGGAACGGUGUCGUCCCAGAGUGGUUUCAUGGGAUCAUCUCCAGGAAGGUGGCAGAGGAACUGCUGAUGUCCAAGCCCCCUGGCUACUUCCUCAUCCGAAUCAGUGAGAGCAGGAUUGGCUACACUCUCUCAUACCGUGCUGAGGACCGCUGCAGACAUUUCAUGAUCGAUGCGUUGGAGGACGGCCAAUAUAUCAUAGUAGGGGAAGACAGGCGUCACCGGGUUCUGCAGGACCUGGUGGACUUUCACCGUAGGAAUCCCAUCAUGCCUUUCAGUGAGGUGCUGACUGUUGCAUGUGGGCAGGCCUCAGGUGGCAAGACCGACUACGCAGAGCUGCUGUUUCCCCAAAGACAUCUGAAUCCCAACACAAGCUGGCUACCGAACGUCCCCCUGCAUCCCAGCAUAAGUCACCCACCAUCACAGGAAGAUAUCCCACCUGCUCUUCCUUAUCGGCCAAAUAACUUGAGGAACUCUGCACUCCCGUCUGCAAACAGACUUUACCCUAGUUUGGAGGAGGAAUUUCCACACAUUACCAUCCCUCUCCCUGCCACGCCUGUGCCAAAACCGAGACAUUUGGCCAUCAAUCUUCCAUCCAACCAGCCUCCUGAGGUCCCUGCUCGGACCCCUUUACCUCCACUGAAGCAGAACCAGGCUUGUAUCAGGACAGUCUCUGCACCUGAGAGCGUCGCCACACCCUCACCCUCACCCUCACCCACAACCACUGAGCACCCACUCAGCGCCAACCUCCAGCCUGCAAAGAACCAGGAAUGCAAGCUGUCAGUCGUCUCCAACCUGAAGAACUUCAAGAAGAAAUUCCAAAAGAAGAACAACACGCCGCAGGAGGCGACUGAGAAUGAGUACCACGAGAUCGCAGAGGAGCACACCUUCAGUGCUCCUCCAUUUACCUACACUUGCGCUGUGACUGAAGGAGGAGGGUUACCUCAGGAGUAUCUGCCACCUCCACCUUUUGCUCCAGGUCACUGACACAUGACUGCUCCCUUAGAAAAAUAAUGCAUAGAUGGAUUCAACCCCAUGUGGGUGGAGGACAGAAGCAAGAAAAAGGAGCGAUAGCCUGCACACUGAAGUUGAACUCUUACAAAUAAUGCAUCAUUUCAACCUUCAAGUAGUGUGGAGUAAAAACUAUAUAAUAGGUUAAACUGCUGUUUGUCCGUGACUGUGAUUACUGCCACUUUUGAGCGCUUUAUCUUUUAUUUAUUUGCUGGUUUAUUCAACAGAGACACUACAGAUAAAUAUUGUUACAUGAGGAGUAAUGCAACAAAUGUAUUUAACAUACCCGUCUCCCUAGUGCUAAUGCUAAUUACUAGCCUCUUCUUUGGCUUUUAAAUUCCGGUGAAUUGUUUAUACAUGCCUCUCUGCUGCUGUCAUGUCUAACAAAAGUAUGAAAGGGCAGCAGGAGGAAGUUAAUGCAAAAGGACUGCUUUGAAUACAGGUCUGGUGCAGAUCUGUUAUCAGCAACAUGACAGGGAAGCUGGAAAAUGCAGACACAGGUCAGACUUGUUUUACAGGUAGGAACAUACAGGUGGGUCAAAUUCACUUUUACGUAGCGUAAAACGUGGUCUUUGGACAUGGAAUUCAAGGUAAUUACCCAGAGACAUUUCAUUUUUACUGCCAGUGACUGCCAGACCCUUGUUUUUAAUGUGAUUAUGAAGCAUCUAGACCAUGUGAUCUGAAUAUUUUACAAAUAUUUUUACUACUAUGCUUAUGCAAAGCAUCUUAUUUUGUUACGUUAUGGAGUAAAUAAAUGACCUUUAAUAAAUGCUAUAUUUGUAUUUGUUUCCAAGGCUGUUACAGCUGUUCCACAAGCUUUUGUUUCAUGGCACAUAAUUAAUAUUACUCUACUGUCUGAUGAUUAAACAAGAAUGUGAUUUUGACCAUGACCAAUCGGGACACACCGGUUUGUUCACCCAUACUGGAAAUGAACAUAAUUUCUGUUUCUGCUCUGAGCACUUCCUCCUGUCUGUCCCCUCCUCUCCCUCCCAUGCUUCACUUCUCACUCUGAUCUUUGCAUGUUAUGGCUCCUGUGCUGGCCUGGUUACUCAGUGGUGGGUGCAUGUCAUGCUGGUGCAAUCACCUGGGUUUUAAUUCCAAUGAACAUGUAUGACAUGCCAGUCCCUUUCUAUCCUCAGACUAUUCUGUCUUAUUUUACUGUAAAUGUUAUUAGUAAGUGUUUAAAAACGUGCAUUAAAAAGUGUUAAUGCAUGUUAUAACUUGCUUGUCAUUUUGCAAUGAUUUGAUUAACUGUGUAGUCAUUCAGUUACUUUUGAUAUUGUUGACCAUGUAAUUGGUUGUUAACUGUUUGGAUUAUGUAGUCAAAACAGUUCAGAGCUCUUCAUACCAAACUAAUAGAAAACAUUUGUCUCAUUAUAGACUACCAUCUAGUGGCCAGUAAACCACAUCAGAUGCUCAGAGAGCAGAGUGGUGGCCUUCAGUUCCUUUAUGUUAAAACCACAAUGUAAAAGCAUGCAAUUUCAAGUCUGCUUUUAAUUGUUCACUAAAGCCAAUGCAGAUAUAUUUUCAUAAUCUGAUCAAAAAAAGGAAGUGGAGCUGAAACUUCAAUGUUUGCUUCUGAAUGUGGUGAUGUGUAAGUAUAAGUCUAAGUAUAUAAAGUUUAUAAA